GCUCCGUUUUGCAGUCCGAUGCGUUCUCAAGCGAGGCUAGGCUGUCAGAUAGGUCAAGAUCAUUCUGGACCACGGUCAUCGCCUUCGAAGAAAAAAUGCAAGGGUUUUGUGAGUAUAAAGACUUCUUCGAAGUAUAAUCGAGAGUUUUAUCUUCACUUCAGAGCAGCUCGCCAUAUCAUACUUGAUCGACGGAGCUCAUUCCGGUCGUUUUUUGUAUCUUCAAUAUGAAGACCUAUCUAUCCUUCCUUGCUGCGUCUCUUUUGGCGACUCGGGUUUCUGCCGGCGAUAAAGAUUGGCUGAGUCCAGUUUACAAGCAGAUUUUCCAGAACAAACUACCAUUUCCUUCCGAGAAGCCCCCAAAGUACACCUACACCAACCAAACAACUGGUGUUCAAAUCGACUACUACGAGAUUGAGAUCAAGGAAUUCGAAUCCCAGAUCUACCCAGGCCUCAAGCCUGCCAAAUUAGUAGGUUACGAUGGCAUGUCUCCGGGACCGACCAUUCGUGUGCAGAGAGGUCGUGAAACGGUUGUUCGAUUUGUGAACAAGGCCAACAUGGCCAAUUCGGUGCAUCUUCACGGGUCAUACAGUCGAGCCAUGUUUGAUGGUUGGGCCGAGGACCUCACUGAGCCAGGGCAGUACAAGGACUACUACUACCCCAACAAACAGAGCGCUCGAACUCUGUGGUACCAUGAUCAUGCUGUAUCGCAUACCGCCGAAAACGCCUAUUUUGGUCAAGCUGGCUUCUACAUUCUCGAGGAUCCUGCUGAAAACGCUCUCGGUCUUCCAAAAGGCGCAUACGACAUCCCUCUGGCUUUAUCGUCCAAGCAAUACAACUCCGAUGGUACGCUUUUUAGCCCAGCGGCCGAAAGAGACUCGCUCUGGGGCGAUGUUAUCCAUGUGAACGGCCAACCCUGGCCAUACCACUCCGUUGAACCACGGAAAUACCGCCUCAGGUUCCUAGACACCUCGGUCAGCCGUGCCUUCAAACUGACUUUCGAAACCGACGACAAUAAGAAAAUCCCGUUUCAUGUCGUCGGAUCUGAUGCCGGGCUAUUGACCAAGCCAGUGCAGACCGACAACCUGGAAAUCUCCAUGGCAGAGCGCUGGGAGGUCGUCGUCGACUUCAGCGCUUACGCCGGCAAGAACAUCACCGUCAAAAACGCAAGAGACGUCCAAGCCGACGAGGACUACAACAGCACCGACAAAGUAAUGCGAUUCGUGGUGGGCAAGUCUGUUUCCAGCACCGAGAACAACGGCAACCUGCCUUCUACUCUCCGAACAGUCCCCAUGCCGCCGAACAAAUCGGGAGUCGACCGCAAAUUCAAAUUCGAACGCAGCAACGGCGAGUGGCAGAUCAACGAUGUCACCUUCGACAACGUCAACAACCGCAUCCUCGCCAAACCCCCUCGCGGCGCGGUCGAAGUGUGGGAGUUCUCCACGGGCGGCGGAUGGAGCCACCCUGUACACGUGCACCUCGUCGACUUCCAAGUCAUCUACCGCAAAGGCAGCCGCGAUGGCGUCCUUCCGUACGAAAAAGAAGCGCUCAAGGACGUCGUGCUGCUCGGAAAAAGCGAGACGGUGCGCGUGAUAGCGCGCUUCGCUCCAUGGGACGGUGUCUACAUGUUCCACUGCCACAACCUGAUCCACGAAGACCAUGACAUGAUGGCCGCCUUCAACGUCACUUCCCUCGCCGACUGGGGGUACCCCGAAACCACGCAGCUCAUCGACCCCAUGGAUCAGAGGUUCCGCUCCAAGACGAUCAAUUCGGCGGAUUUCUCGCAAGACGCUGUUUUGUCGCGCAUCGGUGAGCUGUAUAGUUUGGAUGCAUACAAGGAUCCUGACAAGGUCGAGGCUGCGCUGGAAACGUACUGGGCCAACGGCGGGAAAGGGUCGACCACGCUGGCUACGUCGACUCGUUCCGCGAGUGCUUCUUCAACGGGAAGUUCUCAGACCAGUACUGCUACUACUACAGCUCGCGCGACUACAUCGUCUGGCAGAAGCACUUCUACGUCCUCUUCUAGAAGUUCUUCUACGUCAACUAAGAGGUAA